AUGCCUUCUCUUGUAGAAACACCGGUUCGCCAACCGUCACCAGAGGUUCAGCUCAUCUCAAAGGUGGCACCUCAGAUGAUGGACGACGAAGCCCUCUCAAAAGCCGCCGACAUUCUCGACAUCAUCUGCCGCUACCGCCUUAGACGCCCGCACGAAACAUGCCCUGCUCAGCUCGAGGGCAGACUGGGCUUCCUCUCCCAGAUCUACAGAAAAGUCAAGACACAGAGCCCGAUUCGCAUGUGCCUUCCUGCUUUCCCCUUCAAGUCGCCCAACACAAAGGACAAGGUCCUCAGCCGUCUGCCGGAUAAGGCUGAGGAGUUCUCUCUCGCCAACCUCAACGGUCUCUGCUCCGCGAUCAAGGACAUCUACGAGCCCGGCGCGAAGUUGACCAUCAUUUCUGACGGUCUUGAGGUCUGGUCAUACGGAGAGACCCUCCGCGACAUUGCUGCCGAGAAGAACCUGCUCAACAUCGACUUUUCGCGCCUUCAGGACCUCGUUCACCUUCCCAACCUCCCUAACAAGCUUGAGGAGAUCACAUAUGUUGCGAACGCUACCAAUUUCCGCCGCGCGCUUCUCAACACCUUUGGCCGAUCUGACUACGACCCCUCCACCGAAAUCUCCAAGAACGAAGAUACCUGCCUGACAUAUCGCGGAUACAUCAAGUUCCUCGAGACCGAUUUGCGCCAUGUCUACCCCGUCGGAGAGGACCGAUCCAAGACCAAGUUCAAGACUGGCAUCGAGUACAUCUCCAAGCAGAUGCUGCAGCGUGGUGAUGCCUUUGCUCGCGCCGUCCGUGAGAACUUCCGCGACCACAUCCGCCUCUCUAUUCACCCCUCCACCGGCGAGAACAAGAUCUCCAUCAGCCCUCUUCCCACCUCUUCCUACUACACCACUCCCUGGCACUGCUCGAUCGCCUUCGACCUGAGCGGCGCCAUCACCACUGGCCCCCGCGCCGACUUCGAGAACGACCCUAAGUACGAGCUCGUCUACGAGGAGGGAAGACCCAGCUACUUCCGCGAGAAGAGCGAAUUGAUGCAGUGGAAGUCGGACGUCGUCUUUGAGCCCAUGUACCCCUGCGGUCUUCUCAUCCGCCCGGCCCCCGGCUCCAAGAAGCUCUCCAUCCACGACGUUGAGGCCCAAAAGGUCCGCGCUUUGUCUGAAGUCAACUCUCCCGUUGUCAUGAGAGGAUUCACCAAGACCAAGGAUCGCGACCUGUUCGUCAAGAAGUCGGAGGAGUUCGGCACUCCCUUGCCGUGGAAGUUCGGCCUCGUCCUGGAGGUGAAGGACCAGGGUGCCGAUACCCGUGGUCUGAACAACGUUCUCUCAGCCGAGUGGAUGCCAUUCCACUUCGAUGGGCUGUUCAAGACCCACAAAGUGCCCCAGGCGGACGGAACUGAGAAGCUUCUUCCCAACCCUCCCAAGUUCCAGUUUUUCACUUCCAUCACCCCCUCACCGAGUGACACCGGCUUCACCCUCUUCACGCCCUCCAGACUUCUCUUCCAGAACCUGCCUCCUCACCUGUCUGUGGACAGACUGAGAGAGCUCACCUGGAGCGUCCAGACCAGUUCCUUUGACUCCACCAAGAUGGGCGGCCUUCCUCUCGUCGUCGACCACCCCACGACCGGAGAGCCCUGCAUCCGAUACCACGAGCCCUGGCCCCAGUCCAAGACUGCCUUUGACGCCACUGAUGUGGUCAUCGAGGGCGUGAGCGAGAGCGAGAGCACCGAGAUCUGCAACACUAUUGACUCCCUCCUCCACGACAGAAGAAACACCCUCUACUUCUCCUGGCAGCAGGGUGACCUGCUGGUCAGCGAUAACAUCCUGGCCAUGCACACCCGCAGUGACUUCACGGCUGGCUCUCCCAGAGAGAUGUGGCGCAUUCACUUUGAUUAA